GUGACAGUAGUGCCACAAGCGACAAACUAUGGAACCACUGGCGGUAUAUAUAGUCCGCCAUUUCUCUUUCUGUUCUUUCCGGUUUGAGUUUUCGUUCGGAGUGAUCGUCUCGUUCACGGAACUUCGCUUUCUUCGCUAAAAUGUCGUCGAAAGUAUCGCGCGAUACUCUCUACGAGUGUGUAAAUGGAAUCCUUCAGAAUUCCCAGGACAAGAAGAGGAAAUUCUUGGAAACGGUGGAACUUCAAAUUGGCUUGAAGAAUUACGAUCCCCAGAAGGACAAGCGUUUCUCAGGCACCGUCAAGUUGAAGAAUAUCCCGAGGCCAAAAAUGCAGGUUUGCAUUUUGGGAGAUCAGCAACAUUGCGAUGAGGCUAAAGCCAAUAAUAUUCCAUUUAUGGAUGCUGAGGCUUUGAAGAAGCUCAACAAGAACAAGAAACUUGUCAAGAAGCUUGCAAAGAAAUACGACGCUUUCCUGGCGAGUGAAUCGCUCAUCAAGCAAAUUCCUCGUCUCUUGGGUCCAGGCUUGAACAAAGCCGGUAAAUUCCCUGGUCUCCUCUCCCACCAGGAGUCAAUGGUCGGCAAAAUCGACGAAGUCAAAGCCACCAUCAAAUUCCAAAUGAAGAAGGUAUUGUGUCUAUCGGUCGCUGUUGGACACGUGGACAUGUCUCAAGACGAGCUCGUCCACAAUAUUCAUUUGUCAAUCAAUUUCCUCGUGUCCUUGUUGAAAAAACACUGGCAAAAUGUGCGAUCACUUCACAUCAAAUCGUCAAUGGGUCCACCUCAAAGACUUUACUAAAUUAUUUGUUAAUUUUUAACAAACCGAAAAAAAUACAAAAAAAAAACACUAAUAACGUUUUCUGAAAUAAAUACGCAAACGUUGUUUUUUGAAAAA